AUGGCUGAUGGAAAGAUAGAGCUAAGCGAUGCUUGCCCAUCCAUUGCCCAGAUUGAAACACCCGAGUCAGCAGAAAUCUCAUCAAUCAGAUCUGAUCUCAAUAAAGUUCUCAAGCUUCUUGACACUGGAGCACGGAAACUUGCUGCUGAUCCCAAGUUCGACAAGGAAGGUCUCUGUUGGUAUCACACCCCAUUUGGUACACAGGCUUCAAAAUGUCGUCAACCCUGUACCUAUACCGCGCCGGGAAACGACAAGCCCGAUCACCAGUAGAGGCGCACGUGACUUGGGCUUGCUCAAGCCACCUGUUGUAUGUGACGGACAAACAUUCAAAAACUCGGUUUCUAAUUGAUACAGGUGCCAAGGUCAGUGUUUUCCCAGCUACACAACAUGACAAGCGGUAUUGCAGAAAGGGGGUUUCUCUGACCGCGGCUAACAAUUCGACAAUUCAUACCUAUAGCAAGCGUGAACUUUGCCUGGACCUUGGUCUUCACCGGCAGCUGAAGUGUUCUUUUCUCAUUGCAGAAGUGAACCAACCAAUUUUAGGUGCUUCCUGCGGUAUAUUCGGGUGUUGGUUGAUGUUGCCAACUCUUGUCUCGUAGAAGCAGCAACAUCAAUGAUUGUACCUGCACAGACCUCACCAUUCCGUUCCCUUUCUCUCAAUCGCAUACCGCUAGCUAAACCCACCAAUGGGUUUGAUACCAUUUUUGCUGAGUUUCCAGUAGUCUGUAAACUCCGCAUCACCGAUCCAGCUGUUAAGCACAAUGUUCAGCACCAUAUUAUCGCGGCUGGACCGCCCACUUUUGCGAAGGCUGGACCCCUUUCUCCUGAAAAAUCCGCAGCUGCAAAAACCGAGUUUGACCAGAUGCUGUCUUCUCACACGGUGUGCAAAUCAUCAAAUAACUGGGCAUCCCCACUUCAUAUGGUCCCAAAGUCGAACGGUGACUGGCGCCCCUGUGGUGACUAUCAAGCUCUCAAUGCAGCCACUAAACCAGACCCUGUGCCUCACGUUCAGGAUUUUUCUGCUCGCCUUGCUGGUUGUAAAAUCUUAUCCAAGAUUGACCUGGUUCGUGCAUACCACCAAAUUCCUGUUGCUCCUGAGGAUGUCUCUAAAACAGCAGUCAUUACACAAUUCUGCCUUCUUGAAUUCAAACGUAUGCCAUAUGGACUGCGCAAUGCGGCCCAGACAUUCCAACAAUUCAUGGAUGAAGUCUGCCGUGACCUGGGAUUUGUGUUUGUAUUCAUUGACGACAUCCUGGUUUUCAGCACCACGCCCGAUCAACAUCGCCACCAUUAGCGCCAGCUUUUUCAGCGACUGGAGCAUUACGGCUUAGUCAUUAAUCCUAAGAAGUGUGAGCUUAGCUUGGCCGUUCACAGUUAUCAUUCGUAGGUCAUCAUGUCAAUGCCCAAGGGAUUUCCCCUCUUUCAUCCCGCAUCCAAGCUGUUGCAGAAUUUCCUCAACCUGUUGACAAGAAGAAGUUUCACAGGCUACAUCCUCUGCACAAACUAUUAUCCUCUACCAAUUUUAUUUGGUCUCCAGAAUGCGAGGAGGCAUUCCAGUUCUGUAAAUCCGCCCUAGCUAGUGCAACACUGUUGGUUCAUCCGCAUUAUAAUGCACCAACCAGUAUAACAUCUGAUGCCUCAGAUCUAGCUGUGGGAGCCGUCCUUGAACAAUUUAUCGAUCAUGAGUGGCGCUCCAUCGGCUUCUUUUCUCGCAAGCUACAGCGGGCUUUUAAAAACACGUUACAGUACGUUUGACCGAGAGCUGCUAGGCGUUUACUUAGCCAUUCGUCAUUUUCGGUGGUUUAUCGAAGAUCGUGUGUUCCACGUGUACACUGAUCACAAACCAUUGACUUUUGCAAUCUCAAGUGGGUCAACCUAACGCUCACUACGGCAAAUCCGGCAGUUGGCUUUUAUUUCUGAGUUUACCACCGACCUGCGACACGUCAAGGGUAAGAAUAACGCAGUGGCAGACGCGUCUUCCAGAAUCCAAAUCAAUGCCACCUCCUAUACCAAAAUUGACUUUCUGGCAAUGGCUCAAGCACAAGCUGAUGAUCAUGAAACCCAGUGCCUGAAAGCUGGCAUAACAAAUUUAAAGUUAGUGGAUGUUUUCCUUGAUGGCGAUGACAACCUUACACUUCUCUGCGACUCAUCUCAGGGUAAUAUUCUACCAGUAGUCCUAGAGUCUUUUCGUCGCGAGAUAUUCAACCUGAUGCAUAAUUUUUCCAUCCAGGCGCUAGAUCCACCUGUAAGCUCGUCAGCGCUCGGUUUGUGUGGAACGGUCUCAAUCGUGAUGUUCGACGGUGGAUUCGAACUUGCAAUGCUUGCCAGCAAUCUAAAAUUCAUCGUCAUACUACAGCGCCGCUCCAGAAGUUCGAUAUCCCAGGUUUCGCUGAGAUUUAGGUUGACAUUGUCGGCCCACUUCCGCUGUCUCGAGGGUUUACCUACCUGUUCACAUGCAUUUAUCGCUACUC